CCUUGAAUACAGUCUUUCCUCAGUCUCCUGAAGUGAUCGUACUCUGUCUUAUUUGAACAGCCAUGUGUUUUUUGGAUUUUUUAACUGGGCUGUUCAUGCUGCUCUGCUUAUCAUACAUUUCCGAUGCUGCGUCUUGUGGUAAAUCUAAUCUGACGGCAACUUUCAACACUAGCUAUCUUGUGUCUCCCGGGUAUCCAUCGAUUUCAUCCGGUGAUGAUGCUUGUACAUGGUUAAUCACAAAGUCGUCAACCUCUGAUAGGAUCCAUGUACGCCUUCAAGUAAAACAUAUGAAUUUAACUGAUUCGUUAACUGCCUGCACGAAGGAUUACAUUGAAAUAUUUGAUGGACCAACAACCUCUUCACACAGCUUGGGAAGAUGGUGUGGGCAACAAAGGCCUAUGGUACAGAGUACAUGGAAUUCCCUCACUGUUCACUAUAAGCGCAUCAACAGCAGCACACACGUCUUGGGAUUCCGGCUCAUGUACUUCCAAACUGAUGACCUUUGGUCCUGUGGAGGGAUGUACAAUGCGACCACAGAAGGCUCCUUUCUGCAGGCCCCAGGCUAUCCUACAUCGUACAGAACUGACACGAACUGUCUCUGGCUGAUAGAGGUUCCCGAUGAUUUCAAUAUACGUGUUAUUGUUGAGGACUAUGAUAUACUAACGUCUAAAGAGUGCUAUGGUGAUAACCUCCGAUUCGUAGACGGGAGGAGUCCUCAUUCGCGGGAAAUCGGAGUGUUAUGUGGCACGCAACCAGGACAUGGCAUUCGUCAGUUCACCUCAUCUGGUCAAGUACUGCGCAUCGAGUUCUCGGCUGAUCCAAGCCGUGCAGUUGUGAGACCAAGAGGAUUUAAAUUGGCAUAUUUAAAAGGAAAAUUUGACCCAUGCGAAGAUAGACAUUUAUGGGCAUCCCAAACGCCGAAAUUUAUAACGUCGCCGAAUUUUCCUGGUAACUAUACAAGUAACAGUAACUGUUUGUGGAGAAUACAGACCAGGACGCCAGGAUAUGUGGUACAAGUGACCCCUCUUCGAUUCUCUGUGCAGCUUUCUGCCAACUGCACCUCUGAUUACCUCUCUAUAUAUGACGGUCCGAGUGCGGUACCCGGGGAAGCUCCUGUGGGGCAGUGGUGUGGUUCUCACAUGCCAGUUGUACAUACCAGUCAAUCAGAUAUGUUGCUGAUUUUCCACACUGAUGGCGAUCAUUCACAGUCGGGUUUCAAUAUCAGCUACACUGAAAUACCACGGCCAGGACCUACCAAUGGUGGUGCCGGAAUGGUUGUUUCAGCGACGUUCUGUUGGAUGCUUGUUUUGUUAUCAACUGUUUCGCAACAAUAAGUUUUAUUCAAAUACAUAAUAUAUUAUACACCUGGGCCUUCUUUCACAAAGUACUAAAGUGAUCGUAAGUCACUAUGGUAACCUUAGUGCAAUUUUAAAGAAUGGGAGUUAAGGUUAACCUUAGUAAAGGUUGAUUUGUGAAAGGGCCCCUGAGUGGUAUUAAAAGUGCAUUGGGUAAAUCCUAAUGGAC